AGGCGGCUGUGGCUGUCUCGUGUUCCCCACCCCCUUGUGCAUGGAUGCAGCUGGAAGAGGGGAUGUUUGUUUCCCCACCACCCACCCUCUGGUGACGUCACGCCUCGGCAGCCAAUGGCUGGGGGCUCCCUCUCCUCCCCCUCCCCAUUCCUUUUCCCCCCCAGCUUAGGGCUCGGGCUGAGCAGACGGACCGGGAGCUCUGGAGGUGUCUGGAGGCCCAGUGAGCCCCGGACCCAGGAGGCCCAAGGAGCUGGAGGUGACCCUCAGGCAGCAAGACCCCAGAAGAAGGGUGCGAGCCCUGCAGACAGCUGUGCAGCACCUCGGGCUGGGCUCCUGUUAGGAGGGGGUGCCUGUGCUGAGGCAGCGGCUCAGAGGCAGCUGCUCCAUGCGGAACUGAAGCUGGUCCUGCAGCAGAAGGGGGAGAAGAAACAGGAGCCCGGGGCCCAGGUGACUCCCAGCAGUGUCAUGGAGGCCAGGAGCCGGAGUGCCGAGGAGCUGAGGCGGGCGGAGUUGGUGGAGAUCAUCGUGGAGACAGAGGCGCAGACCGGGGUCAGCGGCAUCAACGUAGCGGGCGGCGGCAAAGAAGGAAUCUUCAUCCGCGAGCUGCGCGAGGACUCGCCCGCCGCCAGGAGUCUCAGCCUGCAGGAAGGAGACCAGCUGCUGAGCGCCCGCGUGUUCUUUGAGAACUUCAAGUACGAGGACGCACUACGCCUGCUACAAUGCGCCGAGCCUUACAAGGUCUCCUUCUGCCUGAAGCGCACUGUGCCCACCGGGGACCUGGCGCUGCGGCCUGGUACAGUGGCCGGCUACGAGAUCAAGGGCCCGCGGGCCAAGGUGGCCAAGCUGAACAUCCAGAGUCUGUCCCCUGUGAAGAAGAAGAAGAUGGUGUUGGUGCCCGGGGCCUUGGGGGCCCCUGCUGACCUGGCCCCUGUUGACGUCGAGUUCUCCUUUCCCAAGUUCUCCCGUCUGCGUCGGGGCCUCAAAGCCGAGGCUGCCAAGGGUCCUGUCCCAGCCGCCCCUGCCCGCCGGCGCCUGCAGCUGCCUCGGCUGCGUGUACGAGAAGUGGCUGAAGAGGCUCAGGCAGCCCGGCUGGCGGCCGCCGCUCCUCCUCCCAGGAAGGCCAAAGUAGAGGCUGAGGUGCCAGCAGGAGCCCGUUUCACAGCCCCCCAGGUGGAGCUGGUUGGGCCCCGGUUGCCAGGUGCCGAGGUGGCUGUCCCCCAGGUCCCAGCACCCAAAGUGGCCCCCUUAGCAGAGGCAGUCAGUGGCUUUGCCCUCCACCUGCCAACUGUUGGGCUAGGAGCCCCAGCUGCACCUGCUGUGGAGCCCCCGGCUGUAGGGAUCCAGGUGCCCCAAGUGGAGCUGCCCACCUUGCCCUCACUGCCCACUCUGCCCACACUUCCCUGCCUGGAGACCCGGGAAGGGGCUGUGGCCGUGACGGUGCCCACCCUGGAUGUGGCAGCACCUACUGUGGGGGUGGACCUGGCCUUGCCAGGUGCGGAAGUGGAGGCCCGGAGAGAGGCACCUGAAGUGGCCCUGAAGAUGCCUCGCCUCAGUUUCCCCCGCUUUGGGGCUCGAGCAAAAGAAGUUGCUGAGGCCAAGGUGGCCAAAGGCAUCCCUGAGGCCAGGGUGAAAGGUCCCAGACUUCGAAUGCCCACCUUUGGGAUUUCUCUCCUGGAGCCCCGGCCCGCUGCCCCGGAAGCCGUUGCUGAGAGCAAGCUGAAGCUGCCCACCAUCAAGAUGCCCUCCUUCGGCAUCGGAGUGCCAGGGCCUGAGGUCAGGGUGCCCAAGGGGCCUGAAGUGAAGCUCCCCAAGGCCCCUGAGGUCAAGCUCCCAAAAGUGCCCGAGGCAGCCCUUCCAGAGAUUCGACUCCCAGAGGUGCAGCUCCCGAAAGUGUCAGAGAUGAAACUCCCAAAGGUGCCAGAGAUGGCUGUGCCCGAGGUGCAGCUUCCAGAGGUGCAGCUGCCGAAAGCCCCCGAGAUGAAGCUCCCCGAGAUGAAACUCCCGAAGGUGCCUGAGAUGAAACUUCCUGAAAUGAAACUCCCGAAGGUGCCAGAGAUGGCCGUGCCAGAUGUGCACCUCCCAGAAGUGCAGCUCCCGAAAGUGCCAGAAAUGAAGCUCCCUGAGAUGAAACUCCCAAAGGUGCCCGAGAUGGCUGUUCCCGACGUGCACCUCCCCGAAGUGCAACUCCCUAAAGUUCCAGAGAUGAAACUCCCAAAGAUGCCUGAGAUGGCUGUGCCAGAGGUUCGACUCCCUGAGGUGCAGCUGCCAAAAGUCUCAGAGAUGAAACUCCCCAGGGUGCCUGAGAUGGCCGUGCCUGAUGUGCCUCUCCCAGAGGUGCAGCUGCCGAAGGUGUCAGAGGUGAAAGUCCCCGAGGUGAAGCUCCCCGAGGUGAAGCUCCCGGAGAUAAAACUCCCCAAGGUGCCUGAGAUGGCCGUGCCCGAUGUGCACCUCCCAGAGGUGCAGCUGCCAAAGGUGUCAGAGAUUCGGCUGCCGGAAAUGCAAGUGCCAAAGGUCCCAGAUGUGCAUCUUCCAAAGGCGCCAGAGGUGAAGCUGCCCAAGGCUCCAGAGGUGCAGCUAAAAGGGGCAGAGCAGGCAGAGGGGGUGGAAUUUGGCUUCAAGAUGCCCAAGAUGACCAUGCCCAAGCUAGGGAGGGCAGGGUCCCCAUCACGAGGCAAGCCAGGUGAGGCAGGUGCUGAGGUCUCGGGGAAGCUGGUGACACUUCCCUGUCUACAGCCAGAGGUGGGUGGCGAGGCUCGUGUGGGUGUCCCCUCUCUCACCCUGCCCUCAGUGGAGCUAGAUCUGCCGGGGGUCCUCAGCCUGGAGGGACAGGCCCCAGCAGCUGAAGUGGGCAAGGGGGAGCGGGCGGAGGGCCUGGGGGUGGCAGCAGGGGUCGGGGAACUGGGCUUCCGAGUACCCUCCGUGGAGAUCGUUACUCCACAACUGCCCACAGUGGGAGCGGAGGAAGAGCGGCCAGAGAUGAUGGAGAUGAAGGUCAAGCCCUCCUCCAAGUUCUCCCUGCCCAAGUUUGGACUCUCAGGGCCAAAGGUGGCCAAGGCAGAGGCUGAGGGGGCUGGGCGAGCCACCAAGCUGAAGGUGUCCAAGUUCGCCAUCUCACUCCCCAAGGCUCGGGUGGGGACGGAGGCUGAGGCCAAAGUGGCAGGGGAGGCAGGCCUGCUGCCUGCCCUCGACCUGUCCAUCCCGCAGCUCAGCCUGGAUGCCCAUCUGCCCGCAGGCAAGGUGGAGGUGGCAGGGGCCGACGUCAAGCUCAAGGGGCCUAGGUUUGCUCUGCCCAAGUUUGGGGUCAGAGGCCGGGACACCGAGGCAGGAGAACUAGUGCCGGGGGCAGCUGAGUUGGAGGGCAAGGGCUGGGGCUGGGAUGGGCGGGUGAGGAUGCCCAAGCUGAAGAUGCCCUCCUUUGGGCUGGCUCGCGGGAAGGAAGCAGAAGUCCAGGGUGGGCGCGUCAGCCCCGGGGAAAAGCCAGAGCUCGCCGCUGGGCAGCUUAAGAUCCCUGAGGUGGAGCUGGUCACACUGGGGGCCCAGGAGGAAGGCGGGGCAGACGGAGCAGUGGGUGUCAGCGGAAUGCGGCUGUCAGGGCUGCAGGCGUCCACAACCAGGCAGGUGGUCACUGAGGGCCAUGAGGGGGUGCUGAGGGUGCCGCCACUGGGCAUCUCCCUGCCGCAGGUGGAGCUGACCGGCUUUGGGGAGGCGGGUGCCCUGGGGAAGCAGGCUGAGGGUACAGCCCCUUCGGCAGAGGGCACAGCAGGCUACAGGGUCCAGGUGCCUCAGGUGACCCUGUCUCUGCCUGGAGCCCAGGCGGCAGGUGGGGAGCUGUUGGUGGGUGAGGGUGUCUUUAAGAUGCCCACCGUGACAGUGCCCCAGCUUGAGCUGGACGUGGGGCUGAGCCGGGAGGUGCAGGGGGGUGAGGCAGCCACAGGCGAGGGUGGGCUGAGGCUGAAGUUGCCCACACUGGGGGCCGGGGCUGGGGCGGGGGCCGUGGGGGCCGAGGACCAGCCCCCAGGGGCUGAGCACACCUUCCACCUCUCGCUGCCCGAUGUGGAGCUCUCGCCACCCGCCGUGGGCAGCCACGCCGAGUACCAGGUGGCAGAAGGCGAGGGGGAUGCCGGACACAAGCUCAAGGUGCGGCUGCCCCGGUUUGGCCUGGUGCGGGCCAAGGAGGGGGUGGAGGAGGGUGAGAAGGCCAAGAGCCCCAAACUUAGGCUGCCCCGAGUGGGCUUCAGCCAAGGUGAGACGGUCACUGGGGAAGGCUCCCCCAGCCCCGAGGAAGAGGAGGAAGAAGGCAGUGGGGAAGGGGCCUUGGGACGCCGGGGCCGGGGCCGGGUUCGCUUGCCACGUGUGGGUCUGGCAGCCCCUUCUAAAGCCUCAAGGGGGCAGGAGGGUGAGGCAGCCCCCAAGUCCCCUAUCGGGGAGAAGUCACCCAAGUUCCGCUUCCCCAGGGUGUCCCUGAGCCCCAAGGCCCGGAGUGGGAGUGGGGACCAGGAGGAAGGUGGAUUCAGGGUCCGGCUGCCUAGCGUGGGGUUUUCAGAGACAGGGGCUCCAGGCCCCGCGAGGAUGGAAGGGGCUCAGGCUGCCGCUGUGUGAAGCCCCUGGGCAGGUAGAGACUCCCUUCCUGUCUUCCCACUGCCCCCUCCCCCCGUUUUGUGUGUGACAUAACUAGCACUAACCCCAGAGGGCCAGGCGGGGCGGGGGUGGGGGUGCCUGUGCCUGCAGGAGCGCCUGUAUCACACAAGCCAUGUGAAUAAAAUAAUCCGGAGGUA